GAGAGACCAGCCUGCUGUGCGUUGUGGAGAGACCAGCCUGCUCUGUGGUGUGGAAAGACCAGUCUGCUGCGUGUUGUGGAGAGACCAGUGUGCUGUGUGGUGUGGAGAGACCAGCCUGCUGUGUGUUGUGGAGACACCAGCCUGCUGUGUGUUGUGGAGAGACCAGUGUGCUCUGUGGUGUGGAGAGACCAACCUGCUGUGUGGUGUGGAGAGACCAGCGUGCUCUGUGGUGUGGAGAGACCAGCCUGCUGUGUGGUGUGGAGCUCAGUCUGCUGCAGGACAGAGAGGAGAGUUCUGGCAGCUGGCAGACUGUGAGGAGGGCAGAAGGCUGCUGGAUGAACGGACUUGUGCUUUGUACGGUGAUAACGGCAGACAGCUCCACAUAAAUGUCCUCACUACUGAAAGAAGAGAUGCAGAGAGUCCUCUUUACCCCUCAGGGGCAACAGCUGAAGGAGUUCAUAGAAAUUGCUGAAACUGCCCCAGGGAGACAUUUUCUUUGUGUAUCAGUGAACAAAGUCAAAGCCGUACAGAUUUCUGUGGUGAAAAACCUCAGAUCCAAUCGGCAGGAUACGUUUGAGAGGACCGAAGAGUGGUUCCUGAAGGACCUGAUUUUGCUGGAUGGAAGAGACCCUGAAGCAGAUGAGCCCCAGUUUGUGAUGCAUUUUGACACGCCCCGCUCAAUGGAAGCAGUGAGCUGUGCUGCUAAAUACUCGCUGGCGCGAUCACUGGUCUCUCUCAGCAACUCGCACUGCCAGAGGGACUUGCCACUUGCUAACUUCGACCGGACCUACAUUCAGCCCACAUCUGUCUACUCCAACCGAGGGGACUGCAUGGUGCUGCUGCAGAUCUGCUUCUACGCUGCCAACCUGGUGUGUCUCUCUCUGUGUCCCAUUUCAUGAAUUUACACUGUCGGCAUCCCAUUCAAUAAAUCUACACUGUCAGUAUUCUAUUUUGUUGCUAUACACUGUCAUUUUUCUAUAACCUAACUUUACACUCUCAGUGUUCUGUUACCUAACUUUACACUGUCAGUGUUCUGUAACCUAACUCUACACUCUCAGUGUUCUAUUACCUAACUCUACACUGUCAGUGUUCUGUAACCUAACUUUACACUGUCAGUGUUCUAUUACAUAACUCAACACUCUCAGUGUUCUGUUACCUAACUCUACACUGUCAGUGUUCUAUAACCUAACUCCACACUGUCAGUGUUCUAUAUCCUAACUCUACACUCUCAGUGUCCUAUAACUUAACUCUACUCUCUCAGUGUUCUAUAUCCUAACUCUACACUGUCAGUAUUCUGUAACCUAACUCUACACUCUCAGUGUUCUAUAACCUAACUGUAUACUCUUAAUGUUCUAUAACCCAACUCUACACUCUCAUUGUUCAAAAACCUAGCUCUACGCUGUCAGUGUUCUAUUUCCUAACUCUACUCUCUGUGUUCUAUAACCUAAUUCUGCACUGUCAGUAUUCUGAAACCUAACUCUACACUCUCAGUGUUCUAUAACCUAACUCUACACUCUCAGCAUUCUAUAACCAAACUCUACACUCUCAGUGUUUUAUUUCUUAAUUGUACACUGCCGUUAUAUAAUUUAAUGGAUGUGGUCACUCUUAUUGUGUCUUGUGUCCCAUUACCUAGAGAUUCCGAUUUCAUUCCUCAGAUUUGCCACAGAUUCUGGUACUGCCUGGUCCUCCAGCAAAAAUACAGCACUGUGUGUGCACUUGUUGACAUAACAUUUCAAUAGAAUGACCACCAGGAAUGUGUGAAAAAGAUUUUACAUUUUAAAAACAUGUCAUUUUUUAAUCUCUUUUUCAAUUGCAUGUGCAAUCUAUUGCAAAGUGUUGAUUUGUCUUGUAUAAGUUCUGAGUAACUGAAGCAGCUCAAGUUCUUGUGAAGUUAAAAUGAUUUGAGAAUGGUAUACAGAGUGCCGCAGGGCUGCUCUGCAGAGCGGGGUCAGGCAGUGAUGUGGUGUUGCGCGGUCGGUCAUGGUUACAGGCACACCUGCAGCACACCUGCAGUGGUUCAGAUAUGGGGUAAAUAUAAGAUGAACUGGUGAAUGCUACUAAGAUGACUGUAAUAAAAUUGUUUAGAUAAUUAAAAUAAUGUACGUCUAGAAAUGACUACAGCUUUGUUGAAAGUGAGCAUGUGUGGGAGUGCUCAGAGACCUAGGAUCCUAAUCUGUAGCUGGACUGCAGGGCUAAAGUACUGGAGCAGCUCACACAGAAGCCAACAGCGAUUCCCUGGACACCAUUCCAUCCAGAACAGGACUGGCAGCUGGCUCCUCACUCCAAACUGCUCACUGAGGAAACACACAAGGGAUCAUUUCUGCUGCGGUAGUCAUCAAUUUAGCUAUUUUUAGCUGAAACUGCACUUUUAUUAAGUUAACUUGACUUUAGGAGAAAUACACCCCCCCAAAAAAAGAAAAAAAAAGUGCCGGUUGACUUUUCUAUCCUUUACUUAGUCUGAAAUCAGUGACACUUAAAACUAAUUUGGCUGAUUAAGUCCAGACUGACAAUAGUCAGUAGUGGUAUGGUCAUGUCUGGUGAGCGUGUGAAAUGAAUGAAUGAAUGAAUGGUUCUGAAGACACAGACGUGCUUACAGACAUUUGGAAGCCACAAUGGGAGCUGAAUUUAAGUGAGAGUUGAAUUCCAUGUGUCCUCCAAAGUUAAGAGGACAAGAAGCCUCUCUCACACGUUCCAGUCACUCUCACAUGCAUCCAGUCACUCUCACAUGCGUUCAGUCACUCUCACAUACAUCCAGUCACUCUCACACACGUUACAGUCACUCUCACACGGGAUCCAGUCACUCUCACACGUUCCAGUCACUCUCACAUGCAUCCAGUCACUCUCACCCGUGACACAGUCACUCUCACACGGGAUCCAGUCACUCUCACAUACAUCCAGUCACUCUCACAUACAUCCAGUCACUCUCACCUGUGACACAGUCACUCUCACACGGGAUCCAGUCACUCUCACAUACAUCCAGUCACUCUCACCCGUGACACAGUCACUCUCACAUACAUCCAGUC